AUGCGUUUCUACCAAAAGGAACUGCCAGACGUCGACGAGGUGGUCAUGUGCCAAGUGCAGCAGAUCGCUGAGAUGGGUGCCUACGUCAAGCUGCUUGAAUACGACGGUGCCGAGGGAAUGAUCUUGCUCUCGGAACUCUCCAGACGUCGUAUCCGCUCCAUCCAGAAACUCAUCCGCGUCGGCAGGAACGAGGUGGUGGUUGUCCUGCGUGUCGACAAGGAAAAGGGAUACAUCGACUUGUCCAAGCGUCGUGUCUCGCCCGAGGAUGUGGUCAAGUGCGAGGACCAAUUCACCAAGUCCAAGGCGGUGCACAGCAUCAUGGCGCAUGUCGCCGGCAAGCUGGGACGCGAGGUGGAGGAGUUGUACGAGUCGAUCGUCUUUCCGCUGCACACCAAGUAUGGCCACGCAUUCGACGCAUUCAAGCUGGCCAUCCUCGACAUGGACAAGACCUUCGAAGGCAUCCAGAUGGACGACGAGGUGCGCAAGGAGCUGCAAGCCAACAUUGCGCGCAGAAUGACACCGCAGCCCGUCAAGAUCCGUGCCGACGUCGAGGUCACCUGCUUCGGCUACGAGGGCAUCGACGCGGUCAAGAAGGCGCUCCGAGCGGGCGAGGCCGUCUCGACCGAGCAGAUCCCCAUCAAGAUCAAGCUCGUCGCACCACCGCUCUACGUGCUUCUCGCAAACUCGACGGACAAGGUGGGCGGUAUUGCGUUGAUGGAGCAGGCACUUGAGAAAAUCACCGAAAGCAUCCGCGCCAACGGCGGUGAUGUCAACAUCAAGAUGAAGCCCAAGACAGUGAGCGAGGUGGAAGACCAGGAGUUGGAGCAGCUCAUGGCCCGUGUCGAAAAGGAGAACGCCGAGGUCGAGGGAGACGAGGACUCGGAAGGCGACGAGUAA